AUGUCAUCAUCUACAAUAUCUAGUGGAUGGCCAAGGUUUGUGGUUCUGAAAUCAGUUUUCAAGAGCUAUACAUAUAACUACGACAGCACCUAUUUGCGACAUAUAACUAAGAAAGAGAGCGUCGCAAAAGGGGUGCCACCAACGUUUUUGGCUUUUGAUGGAAAGGACAUUACGAGUCCUUUGGUGAAAUUCGAACUAAUAAGUGCACAAGAAAACCCGGAAUGGGUUCACAUAAGGUGCUGCCACAACAACAAAUUCUUGGCCAUGCAAGUCAACAAGGAUAAUGUAAAUGAUCCGUGGCUCAUUCUUGCCUCCUCUGACGACCCCAUAGAAGAAGAUUCGCCUGAAAAACCAGGUACCUGGUUCCAAGUAACCAAGGAUAGUGAUAAUAGUUUCAAAUUUACACAUGUUGCCACUCAGCGUUGCACUGCAUUCUAUCAUGAUAGCUUGUAUGCGUUUUCAAGCAUCCCACCGGCUGAUGGUGGUGAUAAAAUGACGGAGUUUGAUAUCUUGGAUUGGGAGUCGCUUGUUUUAUUUCCCAAAACUGCUACUGUCGCCUUCCUUGGCCCCAAUAACAAAUAUCUCAGUUGCAAUAGGGACCAUUACAAUGUUAUGUUGUAUAACUCAGAUGACAUUACUGAUGCGAGUGUGGCACAUCAGAUCUUUGUCGUUGGUGAUGGUUAUAUCCGGAUAAAGAACAUUUCCACUGGAAUGUUCUGGACCCGUGUUGAUUAUGGCUGGAUAAGUGCUGUAGCUGAUUACCGCGACACAAACACCUCACUUUUUUGGCCUGUAAAAGUCGCCGACAGCGCUGUGGCCCUCCUCUAUAAAAAUUACACAAGUAGCGAGGAUAGAUACAUCCAAAUUUGUACUGAUGAUAAAUACACCGAUGUUCUUAAGGCCAAUGGUCCCAAAAUUAACUCUUAUACGAAGUUGGUAGUGCUUGAGACCGCUGGUUCUAGGAGUAUAUACGGGAUCGAUUUUCGACCAGAGGAGGGAAGGAUCUACAAUGUCAAAGCCCUAGAAAAGGCCCAUGCAUCCGCUGAAAACCACGACGAGAAAGAGGAUAACACUAUAAGCCUCACAUUUUCCUACAAGAAUUCAAGCUCUACUACUUUCAGCGCUAGCGUUUCCCUAAAGGUAGGUGUCCAAACAUCUCUCGAAGUUGAUGAAAUUCCAUUGGUUGCUAAAGAGAAGAUUGAAUGUUCUUAUGAGUUGACCGGAACAGUUGGAUGGCAAAAAACUAAUACAGUUGAAACUACAACUGAAUCUACCUACACGGUAAAAGUGCCUCCUAUGACAAGAACAAUAGUUACUCUUGUAGCGACACAAGGAAUGUGUGAUGUUCCCUUCUCUUAUACUCAGCGCGAUAUUCUACAUGACGGAACUGUCAUCAUCCACAAGCUGAAUGACGGAAUUUUCACGGGUUUGAAUACGUUCAACAUGGAUUUCAUUGCUCGAAACGAAAAGCUGCCACCAAAAGAUGAUGAUAAUACUUCAUCUGUUCAAAAUUGCAUUACAAAAUAUUGA